CAAGUGACCCCAGCUUGCGUGUUUCCCUGUUCAACACUCCCCUCUUAUGCUGCCUAUCCUUUUUGUUUCCCCUCUUCCCUCGACUUUUGAUCAACCUCACCUUUCCGUCUCUCUCUCUCUCUCUCUCUCCUCGCUCAAGCUUUAUAUACAUCAGCUUCCAUGGCAAAAGAGCAGGGUCCAGAAGAAAGCCCCUCAAAUAUGACCCAAGAAAAGCACAGAGGAAAAGGCAUGGCUUCAGGCUUUACCCACAAAGUACCACGACAAGCUCUCUGCACGUUCAUCACUAUCUUUCUCCUCUUACUUGGUGUAACUGCACUCACACUUUGGCUCGUCUACCGCCCCCACAAACCGCAGUUCAAGGUCGUCGGCGCAUCCAUCUACGACUUCAACACAACCGCACCGCCUCUUAUUUCCACCACCAUGCAAUUCACCGUCGUCACAAGAAACCCCAACAAGCGCUUGUCCAUUUACUACGACAGGCUCUCAGCUUUUGUGUCUUAUAAAAACCAAGCCAUCACGCCCCAGGGGAUGUUGCCUCCGCUGUUUCAUGAAAAGCACAGCACAGUGGUGGUGUCUCCAGUGCUGGGCGGCGGGACAGUUCCGGUGUCUGUGGAGGUGGCAAAUGGGUUAAUGAUGGAUGAGGCAUAUGGGGUGGUGGGAUUAAGGUUGGUGCUGAUGGGGAGGCUGAGAUGGAAGGCUGGUCCUAUUAGGACUGGCCAUUAUAGGGUUUAUGUGAAAUGCGACAUCAUGAUGGGAUUGAAGAGAGGUUAUGUGGGUCAGGUGCCCUUGCUUGGAUCUCCUGAAUGCAAAGUAGAUAUAUGAACUUAAUUUGAAGAGUUGUAGUUGUAAUUUCAGCUUUUAUCAUCCUGCUUUAUCUUUAUUCUA